UGGAGUCAUCCUUUCUUCCUUAUAAUACUACAAUAAUCCCCGCCUUUCAUUCUCUCGGAUAUGGACUCCAUUCUAUGAUUUUUUUGACUUUCUACCCCUGAUCUCCCUUCAUCAUGGCGUUUGAAGAUCUCCCUACAGAGCUUCGCAUCCUCAUCCUCAAAUCCCUCCCAGACGUCCAUGCUCUUCGUAAUCUGGUCUGCGCCUCUCCAUCCUACUACGACACCUAUCUCCUUGCCAAACGAGACCUCCUCCUCGAUCUCGCAAAACGGCUCUACGGCCUCGUCGACCUGGCCGAGCCCGUCGCCGCCAUCCGCUCAGAAGGCCUCUACGCCAAUGUGGCAAGCAACAAAGAGAAAAUCAUCGCCCUCCUCGACCGCCGCCGUCGUCAUGGCGAACUCUCACAAUCACGCAAGGACACCUGCGCUGGCGCACCGUCCAACAUCCACGAAAGUAUCCAGCUGUUACACUUGUACAAGAAGCUUGACGCCCUUCUCCAAGCGUACCAGUCACACGCGCCCUGCCCGCCCUGGGUGGACCAGGAGACCUGGAAGCAGCAACUGCCCCUGCAACUGUCUGAAACAGAACGAGCACGGAUUCUGAGAGCGUUGUGUCGUAUCCAGACGUAUUACAACAUCGUUGGCGCAAGGGAGUAUGCAGAGACGGAGGCAGAGGCGCAGUCGGAACCUGGUAGCCCGUGCUCGCGCAAGUCGUCGACAUGGUACAAGAACUUCACAACGAAUGAGAUUUGGAAUCUGUUCUUCGGGACCAUGCCGCCGUGGGAGGUGGAGGAAUUUGGGUCCGUCUGGGUGUUUAUUCGUGAUCAGUAUCGUGAUAUGUUUGCCGAGGUGGCACGGGAGUUUCCUAGAUCGGAUGCUCGGUGGAAGGCGCUCAGACCGAGGUCUUUGCCGGUGGAGAUGGUCUCGUUGUAUCCCAAUCCUGAAGAGGAUGAUAUCGUUGACGAUGUCCACGGCUACAACGAAUACUGCAACCACCUCGUCUCUCUCGGUCCCUGCUUCCUCCAAAAAGUCCGCAGCCAACCCCGAUACCAAGAUCGCCGGAACAUGCUCGCCUGCAACGCCAUCGCAUCCAAGUCCUCAUUCAUGGAUCUCGUCGAAGUCAUCCGAGACCCCCCACCCCUCCUCUACCCAGCAGACAAGUACGACAGCCCCGACAUCGGCCGACUCCUCCCUACUCUCCCAGCCAUGGAACAGCCCAACCCCAGCUGGAAACAACACUGGCACCACGAUGGCACCCUCGAAUCCGUCGUCUUCGCUACCAGACCACGCGUCUCCGUCGACGGAAUCCAACCCUGGACUGCGCAGAACGACCUCGAACGAACAAUUGGCUACUUUGACGGAUGGGACUGGGGAUAUUCCCUGCUUGACACGGAGCGUGUUGGAAACGGAGCGCAUCUCAUGGCAUGAUGAUCUACCUGAUCUCAUCUGCAUUAGCGACUGAUUGAUUGCAUUUUUGGAAUGGUUUAUUAAAAGUUUGGGUUUAUUAUUUCGGCAUACUGCAGCUGGCUGCUCAUAUUGCGUUGCUAUAUCUGGCUGCAUCUAAUGAUGAGAAUGACUAUCAUACUGCCUAAUUGAACAAAUCUGUCUUUCGCAUCCGAAAUGCCAUGUGGCAUCUCUCGAAAGUUUUCAACUGCA